AUGGCAAACCGAGGCCCAACUUACGGCCUGAGCCGGGAAGUGCAGGAGAAAAUCGAGCAAAAAUAUGAUCCUGAGCUGGAGGCUCGACUAGUGGACUGGAUCAUUGCGCAGUGUGGAGGAAGCCUGGAGAGACCCCAACCAGGGAGGGAGAACUUCCAAAAGUGGCUCAUGGAUGGCACAAUCCUUUGUAGACUCAUCAACAGUCUGUACCCACGUGGUAAGGAACCCAUUAAGAAGAUUCAGGAGACUCAGAUGGCUUUUAAGCAAAUGGAGAAGAUCUCCCAGUUCCUCCAGGCAGCUGAAGCCUAUGGAGUCAUCACCACGGACGUCUUUCAGACUGUAGAUUUAUGGGAAGGAAAGGACAUGGCUGCUGUCCAGAGGACUCUGAUGGCUCUCGGGAGCUUAGCAGUCACCAAGGAUGAUGGGCAUUACCGCGGGAACCGAGACUGGUUCUACAGGAAGUCUCAGUCCAACCGGCGGGAGUUUUCUGAAGAGCAGCUGCGACAGGGCCAGAACCAGAUCAGUCUGCAGAUGGGGAGCAAUCGUGGAGCGUCCCAGUCUGGCAUGACGGGGUAUGGCAUGCAUCGCCAAAUCAUGUAAACCGGUGUCGAGGUGUUUAGCGUGGGAUGUAUUAACUCCCAGAAGACCUGAUUUCUGAGAAGAGGCAAGGUUCUGUAAUGAUGGAGUCGGCUUGAUGAGGUAGAGCACUUUUAAUGUCAGAGGCCAAGUCUGUAGUCUGUAGUGUCUAUUAAACAUGUCUGGAAGUUUCACGCAUAGAGUCAGAAUAUAUUUACUAGCAUGUCUAAAGUAGCAAAUUGAUUUUAU